CUACAAGCGGUGGUUUGAAGUGUUGAUAGAAAAUUUUCUACUUCUUAUUCAGAUAGGAACGAAACAGUAGUAUGUGUCUAGUAUUUGUUUGUUCACAUUAAUUCGAUGGAUCUGGUCGUCAAUGUUUAUUUGGCUUAUUUGAAGUUAUAUAAAGAAGAAUGGAGUGUGCUUGCAUGAAUGUUACAGCCCAGCAGUUUCUACAGAAUUUGGAGGCCGAAAAGUUGGAAACUGUUGUGUUUGAUGACGUUCUCAUAUGUUAUUCAAAUAAUAACAAAGUUGUAGGGUCAUAUGAGUGUCGAGUUACGAAUAAGGAUCUAGAUAUGAAAGGGCUCCUUGUGAAAACGUCAAUUAGAACCAUGCUAGGGGAAAUACAUAGCACUACGACACUUGAAGCAAAUAUAACUUCCUCUCUUGAGACAAUUUCCCAAACAAAAUUAGAAACCAUUGUGAUGAACGGAAGUGUUGUGGAAAGAAAGUCUACCAUCGAACUUGUUGAGAAUGUGUAUGAAAUCGGUUGUACUGAAUCAGUGAAUGGAGAAAUUAAGUUUUCAACAAAGAAAAACUUAGCCCAAUCUAAUGUAUUAGGGUUAAUUGCUGAGGGUUCGGAUUUGAUUUUUCAGCGAAUUUUGGUUAAAUCUGCUUUUUCUGUUCCUUUCGAGGUUAUUGGUUUAGAUACAGAUUAUAAUCUAGCCACGGUGUCCUAUAUUGAUCUUGGAGAAAGAAACGUAUUCAUCGGAAAUAGUGAAAUAUCAUUGAGAGGAAUCCAGAGGACUGUGCAUUCUCAAAAAGCCCUUCCGUCAUCCUGGCAAACUUACUUUAUGCAGGACGGCUUUUUACUUUGUUGUUUUCAAGUGUUAUUCCUUGAUAAGCUGGCAAGUCACGCAAUUAAACGACCUACGUUCUUAUAUUUGCAUUAAAACAUAUAAAAAGUGUGAGCUACUACACUAAACUGGUGUAUUAUAUAUUUUAAUAGUUUGUAGGAGACGCAACAUUGCUUUAAAGACACAGGUAAAGGUUACAAAAGACACACCACAUCCAUAUGUGACUGUAUUCAUGUAUAUUUAUUAAACGCCCAAUUUAUUUGUGACCGAAGGGUGAAUGGUAUUUUCAGUGAAUAUAGUUAUUUAAUUUUAUUUGUGUGUGGGCUGUGAUACUGACCGGGUACUCAAACAGGAGCAGGUGGUUUUCUAAAGGGGCCACACCCCGAGCCUUUGAACUAAAGGUCUGACCCACAAGGCAGUGGAGCAUCAUGAGAAGAUGCGAUCUCAUGGUAACCGGUGACCAACGAUUGGUUCAUACGCCAUUUGUCCCCGCAGGAUACUGGAGCCCAUGUGCGCCAUUGGUUUGGAAUCAGGGUUUUUCAUCCCCCCGUAGGUGGACUCACCGUGUUCAUCGGCAUGGUUAAGGCGUCGGACAUUCGCUUUUCGUCCUCUCAAUUUCGUUAACAACGCCACGAGAAGGCAGUGAGUAGGACUUCCCUGGCAGAGGCUGUAUACGCGUGGCCGUGUGAGAGCAUUUUUUCUCAUAAACACACCUUAACUUCUUUUUCUGUCCCCAUUUUCAUUGUUUAGUGUGGCGCAUAUAUUUUUGAUGCCCCCUUGUACCAACAUGUAUGUGUUCAAAUAAAUAAAUUGUAACCGUAUACAUUACAGUGAGCGUAAUCAUAAAAAUGUUUAAUGACCCUUCAUAAAUCACCAUGCUAAUUUAAAUAAUUGUCACUAAUUUGUAGUGCACCCAGUCAAUCAAGUACUG